AUGUCCAUUUUUCAGGACGGCGAGGGCCUUGCUUCGCGCACUCGAUUGAGACUGCAUGAGUGCUUUGAUCUUCUUGCCGAGACAGUCCAGGUGCUGGGCACCUCCCCGGACCCGGAGACGGCACAGGACUUGGCCACGCAGUACGCAUCCCGGAUUACCUCGGUUCGGCAAGAGCUGAUGGAAGCUAUCGAUGCGACCGAGGAGGAUGCCGAGCUCAAGAGCCGCGCUGCUUCACAGGCUCACUUGUGUUCGGAUCUUCGCUAUCAAGCAAGAUGCGCAGAAGAGCGACUUCGUCUGUCCAAACGGUUGCAGAAAGACUUCCCCGACUUUGCCGCGUUUGUCGCCGAUGAGGAUAUCUUCAUCGAGCCGGUGACGCGUGCCAACCGAGCCGCUCCGGGGAGCCAUGCGGGCCUUUUGGAGGCUGGAUACUUGAAUGGAGUGGCGCACGGAGGUUCUUCGUCCUCGACUGCAUCAGCUGCACAAGGUUCUCGACUGUCCAAGAGUGGCAGUGCACCUAGCUUGGUUGAGGCUGCCGCAGUAAAGCUGGAAAACCAGCGACUGCGAGAGGAGAUCAGGGCCAUGUGCAAUACCAUCAAGUACCAGUCCAGCCAGUUGAGCGCACUUUGGGCUGAAACCAACAAGCUCCAGGCUCGACAGAAAGGGCCUGGUGGUGUGUCGAAACUCAUGGCCGGUGUGGCAGAGCUGAGCCGGAUGCGGCUGGAGCCAGGCAGUGGGCCUGGUGAAAGGCCAAGCAGGGUCUCCGGCAUGCCUGGCAUGCCUGGCAUGCCUCGUGCUCGCAGUGCCGGAUCACUGCGGUCAAGUGCUGACUCUGACACUGGACGGUGCGGGCCUGGAGCUCUUGGGCAACCCACGCAGCUCCAUGUGCCGUACCCUUCGCAACCCGAUGUUUCACGCGCGUCCAAUGGAUGUGGAGAGCGUGCCCGCGAGAUGGGGCGGCAGUUGGCCGCCGGGCAGAACGGUACAUUAGCAGGGGCCCGUGCCUCUUGCCAGAAGAUCCCCAAUUUUCCGGACGACCCUUUGCAGGACGGAGAUGUUGUUGCUUGA